AUGGGUUCAAAACGUAAGAAGAAGGAAAAACAAAAGGACUUUGUUAAGGCUAAAUUAAAGGUUGGUAAAACUGCGCAGAAACCAGACAACUAUACUGAUACUUCAUUUAAAGCAAAAACAAUAUCAUUACCAAAUCAGUCAAUUGCAUCAAACGUCAAAUCAAAAUCAUCUGGUUCAUCAGGAACAUCUACAUCAUCAUCUGGUUCAGAUAAAGUAUCUUUAGCUGCUUUAAAUCAUCAAUUAUCUUUGACUAAACAUCAUUCCCCAAAUACUAGAAAGGAAGUUUUGUUAUAUUUACAAACUCAUUUACCUGCCAAUCCGUCAUAUUAUAAGAAUAUCAUGACUAGUAUUCUCCCGUUAAUUCUUGAUGAAGACAAAGAUGUACGGAAGGCGUUAAUGGAAUUGAUCUCAGCUAUUGCGGCCAAGCAACCAGGAUUGAUAGAUUUACAUUUACGUUCAAUGAUUUUGUUCAUUUUAUCUGCCAUGAGUCAUAUCGUACCAAAUAUCAGAACUACUAGUACUCAUUUCUUAAAAAUAGUGGUUGAAAAUAGUCAUGGUAACUUACUUAAUUCAUAUUUUGUUAAAGUGAUGAGAAAUUAUUUUGUAUUGAUGGGAUGGAGUUUAAAUGAACAAGAUUCUGCUCUGAAAAGUGUUGCUAUAACGAAUUUAAGUUUAAAUGCCAUGAAUGCAGGAUCUAAGAUAGCAAGAGUUGGUCAUUUACAAAACUUGAAUAAAUUCUUACUGAAGUCUUUACAAUAUGAUGACGGUAAGGAUUCAGGAGAACUUCAAAUGGAAGUUAGUAUACAUCCUCAAAGUUAUAGAUAUUUGCUCAACAAUACAAUUCAACCAUACCAACCAUUGAAGUUGUUUGUGAAUGAGUUUAAAAGUGAUCUUCAUAAUACAGAUGGCAUUUCAAUGUUGGAUCUAAAUUCAAUCUCAACAGAAGAUUUGGAUACCAGAAAGAAAAUCAUGAAUGAUGUAUUCAAACCACUCUUGAUUAAGAAUUUAAAUGCAUUUGUUAAAGAAGGUGGUGAUAUCGGAAGAGAAGCUAAUAACUGUAUCUCCAUCAUCAAUGAAACUUGUAUAGAUAAAGAAUGA